AAUUAUAUUAAAUACUUUCCCAACUCUCUUGUGAAGUCUGGAAUCAAUCAUCAAUCCCUGUAACUUAACAUGCUGUAGAAUUACAGUGCUCGGGACCAAUCCAUGCCUUGGCAGGAAGUUCCAAGCAUGUCAUGCAACUCUGAACAAUAGUUUUGUAACCUGGCCUGCCAGUACAGAACCAACUCACCAAUUAUCCAAUCUAAAGUGACAAAUGGUGAAAUCCUAUGCAGAGCUACUUCAGUCUAAGCCUACUGAUGUUAACUCUGGACUGACUCUAUGGAGGACUGCACCAUACAUUGCUAUGAACUUUGAAGGAAAGUCUCUCUGUCAACAGUUCCCAAUGAACUGAAGCAAGCUGAAAACAAUCCCUUCCUGCAGCAGACAGGACCAGAGGCUGACUUAAUGAAGGGAGGUGUUCUUCUUCCAGAUCUUGGCACUUCAGUGGUGUGGAAGAAUGCCACUUAAAUGGUUUGAUUCCCUAUAAUCAAAAGCUGAUGGUAAUGGAGUUUUAGUCUAUGAACCUUUGUACCAUCUCGGUGGAGUAAGGUACAACCAUUCUUUUGAUGCCUAAAAGCACUUUGCUUUAUUGCAUGAGGAAUGUGCAGUUGUCACUCAGUUGUUAAAGAUCCACAUAUUUUCUCCUCUUCCAGAAUAUAUUUUGUGGGGAAACAGCAUUUUCACACCAAUAAACCGCAAUAUUUUGAUUGACUGAUUACCCCUUCUCAUCAGUAGUAUGAACUGCCGCGUGCAAUAUAUUCGAGAAGCUUUACACAUAUGUCUGUGGGCUAAUGCCUGUGAUACUGCUGCUAAUGGGCAAGUCACUCUUCUUCCAAACCCACUGCACUUUGGUGAAUUUCAGAUAAAUUCACAGCCCACUGGUCACUAGUAAGCCUUCUUCUACCGUUGAAUUACCCUACCAUUCUGGAAGCCUCUUUGUUUAGUCUUUUCCCCCUUUUAAAAUCCUUCUCUAAAAUGCACUCCAGCACCGGAGCCGCUGAGUAUGUUCAAUCUGGCCGAUCGCGAAGCAUUUAAUCCAUUCUUGUUCUGCGACUGCAUGCUUAAUCGGGAGCACAUCUCACAUUGUUCUACGGAAAUCAACAGGAUCGCAUCCCGAAUCGGCUGAAUCCCAUCGUCUAGAAAACCAUCUUCUCUGCCUUUAUAAAUCCUUUUGAAGAAUUGUCACCAAGGCGCGAGAGAUGGGGCAAUUCUCCCAACUAUGGGGAGCGGAGGCUUCAACCACUGGCACUACGCAAGCGUCAUGGAAACGAGCACGCCCACUUACAUCGAGUAGCGGAACUUCACGCACGGCUUCCCCCAUCCUUCUCGCUUUUCCGUCAGGAGAGGCCGCGAUUGCUCAGAAAACAAGUGGCGGAGAGAAAAGCCAACCUUUUAGUUCGACUUCGCGGCGUGACGUCACCUCCCCGGGCCCGGAAGUGGAACUCGAAAAUCGCCGCGUCUCUGAUCUGAGAGAGGAGGAGGGGGCGCGUGGAUGAGGGCGGGACAAGCCAUAACAAAACAGUGAGGCGAGCAACGGCGACGCGUCUCCCGGUAACAAGUCCUUGCUCCGCCCCUCCCCCCGUCGCCGGGAAGGGAGGCAGCAGCUCAUCUACUCAAGAUUGAUGUAUGUGUCCUCCAUUGCGUUAAUUUGGUUGAGAAUUUGGAUAAGCAUGGCACAGAUCCAACAAGGAGGCCCUGAUGAAAAAGAGAAGACUACAGCAUUAAAGGGUACAAAUUAAUUUGGAACUUCUCCGUAGGCACUUCGUACACUGUGUUCUGAUGAACUGUAAUUUUGUGGUUAGUAAAGCAGAUUUGUUAUCUAGAAUAGACUUGGAUGAACUAAUGAAAAAGGAUGAGCCACCUCUUGAAUUUCCUGAUACUCUUGAAGGAUUUGAAUAUGCCUUUAAUGAAAAGGGACAGUUAAGACAUGUAAAAACUGGAGAGCCAUUUAUUUUUAACUACCGUGAAGAUUUGCAUAGAUGGAACCAAAAACGCUAUGAAGCUCUUGGUGAGAUCAUCACUAAGUAUGUAUAUGAACUUCUGGAAGAAGAAUGUCAUUUGAAAAAAGUAUCUAUACCUGUAGAUGCAAUUGAAAGUGAACCCAGGAGUUUUAUCUUUAUGAGUGAAGAUGCAAUGAUAAAUCCUGACAAACUGAUGAUUUUAAUUCAUGGUAGUGGUGUUGUCAGAGCUGGACAAUGGGCAAGGAGGCUUAUUAUAAAUGAAGAUUUGAACAGUGGUACGCAGAUUCCAUAUAUUAAAAGGGCUAUUGAGGAAGGCUAUGGGGUAAUAGUGCUGAAUCCAAAUGAGAACUAUAUUGAAGUUGAAAAGACAAAAGCCCAAGUACAGCUGUCUUCUGAUACUUCAGAUGAACCCGCAGAAAAGAGAGAAAGAAAAGAUAAAAUCCAAAAAGAUACAAAGAAGCGGCGUGACUUUUACGAAAAAUAUCGGAAUCCACAAAAAGAAAAGGAAACUAUGCAGUUGUAUAUUAGAGAAAAUGGCUCUCCUGAAGAACAUGCAAUUUAUGUAUGGGAUCACUUUAUCUCUCAGUCUGCAGCUGAAAAUGUAUUUUUUGUGGCUCAUAGUUAUGGUGGCCUUGCAUUUGUCGAAUUGAUGAUUCAACGAGAGGCAGAAGUAAGAAACAAAGUUACAGCUGUUGCAUUAACAGAUUCCGUUCACAAUGUGUGGCAUCAGGAAGCUGGCAAAACUAUUCGGGAGUGGAUGCGUGAGAAUUGUUGUAACUGGGUAUCGAGUUCAGAACCACUGGAUACAUCAGUUGAGUCCAUGUUACCAGACUGCCCACGUGUCUCUGCAGGUACGGAGAGGCACGAGCUGACCUCCUGGAAGAGCUUCCCGUCGAUCUUCCGGUUCCUCGGCGAAGCGCUGGAGGCGAAGCAGAGCUCGGGCAAAGGGGUUCCGACGCGGCGCUCGCAGAGGAUCCGCUACGAGGAGCUGUAGGGGCGGGCGGGCGGGAGGCGCUCGGCAGCCCCAGUCCCUCUCAUUAGAUUGUUUUCUUGCGAGAGCGCCGGGUCGCCGUGUCUACAUCUAAGUAGCGUUUUGCAUUAUUUCUAGAUGAGUGCAACUGUCAAAGCAAUAUGGGUUCACUGGUUGUGCUUCCUGUGGGCUGUAGCUGGGAUCGCGGGCUGCCCGUCAGUGCGCAGAUUAAGGCUGACAGCAGCACCGCUCCGCGCAGCCUGGUGCAGCUCUAAUUGCCCUGACAUCGCCCCGCACCGAGCUGAUGGCGGGCUGCCGCGCCUCCGCCCGGUCCUA